AUGGAAAAGUUAUUAAGGGUUUGCAAAACUGGAGAAUUAUCCAAUGAGAUUAAAGAAGAGAGGACCUGGCAGAAAACUCACCAGCGAUUGGUCCGUUCCCUGGAGGAGGAGUUCCCUCUAUACAUAGACAUCACCACACCCUUCAUAGUGGCCCUACAACAGGUGAGAUGUGUUUUGAGGCUUAUUGCUGGUUGUGCCACAGAAGCAUACAAUGCUCAACAGCUGAUAGAAAGGAUGAAAGUAACCAGUCAGGUCCAGGAGACAGUUGAUCACAUCAGGGAGGCAGCUCAGCUUCUGGGAAAGUUCCCGUUUAUUUCAUCUGACAUGACCAGCAGCCUAAAGCUAGCUCAGAAAAUCCUGUAAGUGGAGAGGCUGGUGUCUGGUUGUGGGGAUCAAGCAGAGGAGAGCAGGACAUACCGCUCUUCAAGACUUUACCUUGGUGCAUUGUUUUUACUGCGGAACUCAGCCAUGAUGAGAAAAGAAUUAAACAGAGAGAACCUGUUGUCUCUGCACCAAAUCUUCAAUCAUUAUAUGUUGUCAUGGAAACAUCAGGAGGAGAUACAACAUCAGAAAGAGGCUGAAGAGGGUCUGUAUAAAUACAAGACAAAACUCCACGGCGACGACAGAGACAACGGAGUGAUAGAGGAGGAGGAAUUCAGACAGAACUUUCCUUCCUUUCAGCAGGUUAGUCAGUGUGUUAUUGUUUAAGACUGAAUUAAAAGUCCCUGGAAUAAUGUAAAGAUUUGCCUAAUAAAAAAAAAGUGAAAGGAAAGU